GUGUGUGUGUGUGUGUGUGUGUGUGUGUGUGUGUGUGUGUGUGUGUGUGUGUGUGUGUGUGUGUGUAGGGGAGGAUGAGUGUUUACACGCUGAACCUUCGCGUGUUCUGGCCUCUGCUCAGCUGCGUGUUGGUGGUCCUACUGCUGCUUCAUCACCUCACCCUCCGGAACGUACCGGACACCUCAGCGGGUGAUGGCUGCCAGGACCCCCAGGCCCUCCUCCUCGGGCCCCUGUCGCUGCUCAAGUACGUGCUGGCGUUGGCCCUCUGCUACUUCUUCUUCCGGCACUGUGCCCGCGGGCCCGAGGGCGGCGGGGGGAGGAGGGGUCUGGGCCGGGCGCUGCUCCUGGAGGGCCACGGACGUGCCCGGCGCGAGCUGCUGGAGGACUACUAUGAGCGCGAGGUGCGCCUCUCGCCCCACGUCCUGGGCCACAGCAAGGCGCAUGUGGCCAAGCUGGUCAGCGAGCUGGUGAGGGUGGGCCGCAGCGAUGGGCCCCCGGAAUCUUCCCUGGCAUUUCGCGGCGAUCACGUGCAGAUCGGGAGCUCGUACGAGGAGCACAAGGUGGGCUCGCCGGACUGCUUCGACAUCCUUGUGCCGCUGCGGCUUCCUCGCGGGCUCACUCUGGACCCGGUGGUCUUCGCCGAGCGCCCCGGCGGGCCGCCGAUGGUCGCUCUGGAGACGCCGCGGCGCUCGGACUGGACGCGGCGGCACCGGGCGUUCGCUGAGGGCUUCCUGCGCGUGCACGCGUCCGCUAGUGCCCAGCGCCUCAGCCCGGAUUGCGUGCUGCGCUGGUUCUACCCGGCCGCCCAGCGCUGCUUGGCUACGGUCCGCUACCCUUUCGAGCAGCGCUGCGCCCUGAGCCUGUCGCUCGGCGAGGACCAGCGCGUGCAGCUCCGCCUGACGCCGCGCUCCGACUACGUCUGCUGCCACAUCUCCAUGGGCGUGCGGCUCAUCCCCGCGCUCCCCCUGGGCGACUCGGCCUUCCUGGUCCCCACGUCGGACCCGCGCCACCCGGGCGAGGACCUGUGGGCCGUCUACUUCCCCAAGCAGGAGCAGCGUCUGCUGGGUCUCCUGAAGGGACGUCUCCCCUCCGGCUCCUGCCACCUCAAGGUCCUCCAGCUGGCCAAGGAGGUGCGGGAUUUAGGGGGUCAGACGCUGGACAACCAGGCCCGCGCCGAGUGGAAAGGGGCGCUGUCCUCCUACGCCCUAAAAACCGCCUGGCUGCGGCUGCUCUUCAGCACGCCCGCCGAGGCCUGGGAAGACCGCCACCUGGUGGACCGUCUAGAGGACCUGCUGAGGAGCCUGAGGGAGAGCCUGCAGAGCUGCACCCUGAGGCACCUGUUUCUCGGGGGCGACGUGGGCCUGCUCCCCGAGUCCGUGGCAAUGCCCAAGCUGCUGAAGGAUACACCGCUGGCCAACCUGUGGGAAGGGGUAAGCGCGGCCUCCCUGGAGCUGGUGGCGGCGCGGCUUUCCUACACCUGGGCGCACCUUCACCGGCUUAUCCGACUGGGGCGGCCCCAGAGAAGCAGUCUAGGCAGGGGUCUGCACUGCAAACACAUAGAGGCCGAGUGAGGAGCCUCUACAACACCACUCCCAAUGAAUCUAACAGCAAUAUCUAUUGCCCAGGGUCCAGGGACUGGCUCCUUACUUCAGGGCAAUUGUUGGCUUGAUAACUCAUUCUAUGUUCAGACUCAUGUUUGCAGACAUUUAUAAUGCCAAACAAUGAUCUCAUUAAGUGAUAAUGUUGAUUUUGUUUUUUGCACUGCUAGAUACAACCAUUAUGUUUUAUGGAAUAUUUAUCAGCAAACACCGGUGCCUUAUAUAUCAUUAAAGAAACAGUCCAUUUGGAAAAAGUCUGUAAAAUUCAUAUGAUGAAAGUGUUUUAGCAUAGACAUAAUGCUGUGUUUUUAUACAGUUACAUAGAAAAAUUAUAUUUUAGUUGUUUAUUUUUAUAUACCUAUGUUGCAUGUUAAAGGGCAUUAUGCCAUUUAAAUGUGCAAGUUCUUUACCACCGAUUUAACAUGCAAGUACAUGACAAGUGUGAUUCUUGUGUGUUUUUUACAGACCUUUUCCAUUUGGGAGGGAACAGCCCUAUAUUUCUUUUGGGGUUCUUAAAACCAAAGGUUCAAAAAUGAUGAUCGUUCUGCUGAUCAAAGAUUGUCUUGAAUGUAUAGAUGCACAAAGUAAGCUUCCCAGGUACAGCAGAGGAGUCAGUACCUGCCACUUUUUCAUAUAUCGCAAUAUGCAUGUUGUUACAGUAUGUAGCAGUUGUUUAUGUACUGUACCUUAUUUAUCUUGGUGAUCAGGGCAAACUAAUUAUAGGAUACAUUCCAGCUUUGUUGAUAUAAUUGCUGUUUGCAUUUGGGAAACAUGAAGGAAUACACAAAAGCCAUGCUCUUUUUAAUCAGCUGUUUCAGGCACAAGAUAAUACAUUUCAGCGGAAGUAGCCUGAAUGGUACUGUUAAAACAGAAUGAUUUAGUUGGUAAUUAGUGGUAGCUGUUUAGUCCUUAGGGCCUUUCUGUUAAACAAGGGGUCCCUAUGCAGCUGGAAGACUGGGGUUCAAAGGUCAGCAUAGUGUUUCUAUAUGUGCAAGAAUGUGUUUCUCUCUCUCUCUCUCUUUCACACACACACCUGAAGACAGAUUUACUCACAGUCUCACAGUCCCCAUGAUGUCAUGGUUCCUGCCCAGUAUGUGUGUAUUGUUCGUGGGCAGAGAGACACAGGAAAACAACUCCCCUUGGUCUAAACACCACCAUGACUCAGAUGGUCCCAACUCACCUCUGAGUCUGCCAUGGUGUAGGGGCGAUGAUAGCCUAUGAAUUGUGAGUGUGUGUGUGUGUGUGUGUGUGUGUAUCCGUUUAAAACAGAGGGUAGAGGAAAGGCUCUCACUAGGUUAGCUCCUUUAUACUGUAGAGAAGUUGUGGAAGAUUAGUUGUAUAAUCAAAUGAGAAAUGAAGCCAUGGCCUUUGUGUGAAAUGAAUGUCUACUUGAAUAUGCUGUGUACUUGUGUAACAUUUAAAUAGGCUUCAGCAACUGUCUUAUUUUCUGCUCUCAUGCAGUCACACAAACCCCCUUAUAGUUUUUGAGGUGAGGGUGAAACUUCCUUUCACAACCUCUGUGUGUGUGUGUGUGUGUGUGUGUGUGUGUGUGUGUGUGUGUGUGUGUGUGUGUGUG